AUGCCUGGCCGAACACUCCCUACCAUUACCCGCGCCGAGGUGGAGCAGCAUAACAAGAAGGAGUCGUGCUAUGUCACGAUAGGCGAGAAAGUCUUCGAUGUGACUGAUUUCAUUGACGACCACCCGGGUGGUGGCGAGCUGAUACUGGAAUAUGCCGGGAAAGAUGUCAAGGCCAUCAUGGAAGACGAGGUGUCGCAUUCCCAUACCGAAACCGCGUACGAGAUUCUCGACGAAAGCCUCGUGGGCUUUAUGCCUACGGAGCCGGUCUUGAAGACCGCAGUCGAUUCUUCACGCCCUGACCAAAUUGUUCCGCUACCAGCCACACAAGCAGGCAAUGAGCAACUGAAAGCCCAUGGUGUCGACACUGAUAGUCUACCAUCCCGACCACUGUACGCUUCGACAGGCAUGUCCUCGGAGGAAGAUCUCUCGAAGGAGACGGAUUUAAAUCAAGAUUGGAAAACGCACAAGUUUUUGGACCUAAACAGACCGCUCUUUCCGCAGAUGUUGUUCAGCAAGUUCUCAAAGGAGUUUUACCUCGAGCAGAUCCAUCGGCCACGACACUACAAGGGUGGCGAUUCCGCGCCGCUGUUCGGCAACUUUCUGGAACCCUUGAGCAAGACAGCCUGGUAUGUCGUGCCCUCUUUGUGGCUGCCACCUGUUAUGUAUGGAUCAUAUCUGGGCAUCACCAACCUCACAUACAAGGCCGAGGGAGCCGGAUAUUGGUGCCUAGGACUGUUCCUGUGGACGUUAGUCGAAUAUCUUCUGCACCGGUUCUUAUUCCACCUUGACUACUACUUGCCCGACCACCCGGUCUUUUUGACGCUACAUUUCCUCCUUCACGGCAUCCACCACUACCUCCCCAUGGACAAAUACCGACUGGUAAUGCCCCCGACGCUGUUCCUCGUCCUGGCCACACCGUUCUACAAGCUCGCACACGCAGUCUUCUGGUACAACUGGUACGCGGCCAUUACGGUGUUCUCUGGCGGCAUCUUCGGAUACAUCUGCUACGACUGCACGCACUACUGGCUGCACCAUCAUCAAUUACCGGCUUAUGUACGCGAGUUGAAGAAGUACCAUCUCGCACAUCAUUAUCAAGACUUUGAACUCGGUUUUGGCGUAACGUCCAAAUUCUGGGAUUACAUCUGGGGAACGGAGCUGAAAUACGCAAAACCCGUAAAAUCAUCGUGA